CGUUGUUUGAAAUUAAUGUGCGCAGGUGUAGUUGAAUGAUUGUCGAACCCGCAUCAUGCAAAUUUGUUGUCCAACCGUUUACUCAACUUGUGCUUGACCAACUUGGAAUGAGAUUCUGUCAUUGAGAGCAGUGUUACGCUUCUGUUGUAGUUGUUUUUGGGAAGGGGGUAGUUCAGUCCUGUUUUUGAUCGUUCUCAGAAAUCUCAAAUAUGAUUCAAAUAAUCAGUUAAACCUAGAUUCGAUCGAGCAGACGAGCUACGAAGUGGUUCUCGCUUCACUAGUUAAACCGGUUGGACACGAAACUCGGUGUAAUUAUUCGUUGUUAACUCGAGAUUUUGUAUUAAAAUAGAUUUUUUUUUCUAUCAAGCUAAUUAAUCAAAUGUGUUCGAAUAAAAGGAUUUGAAAAUUACUAAUUUGAUCGGCAUGGUUUCUGAAAACGAGUUCUUUAGUAUGAUGUGCAGUGUUUGGAAAAUCAUGAUCAGAAAAAGAUAAUUUCAUUAUCACUCGUGAAAAAUCAGUUCAAGAGAUGUUUUUAAAAAACUCAGUGACUGGGAAAACCACCUCCGAGAUUCUCAUUCAUGAAACAAGUUAGUCAGUGUGUCAGUGUAACUUGAUGGCGAAUUUUCACCCACAGAAAUACCGCUAAAGAGAUAAUCGAAAGAGAGAAGAGUCUCCGAUGAUAUUUCGAUGCUGAAUUUCCAUUACGCUUCAGUUCGACACGAAGUGAUUAGUAUCAGUGUCAUCCUAGUCCUAAGUAGCAUUUCGAUGCCACCGGUUGAAGCGACGGUCGUUCGGUUUUUCAGUGAACUUCUGCAGAACAACAUAGCCGGUAUUCCACUGAUCCACAAAACCGAGGAGUUCGAUUUCGAUCCGGAGAUCAGCAAAAAGCGACGUGAGCUUUACUAUGAGCAACACGGUUACCGAGGCGAGAAGGCCAUCGAGCGAGUUGGACUGGGAAUCGAUGGUAAGCACAGAGAACGGCUAGAACAUCAGAAACAACGAGACGAAGGACACCUGAACGGAUUGAAUAACUUGCAGCCGUAGGAAUUUAGGUUGCCCACCAUUUCUACCUGACAUUGAACUUGUUGUGGACGAGAUGUUGUGAGACUGAUUGAAAGUGCAAUAUAAUUUUGUCUCAUAGUCACUAUUUAUACCGGCAAGGUUAAAUGGAAUCCUCUUGGUAUAGUAGUCUACUAGUACGUAUUGUUAAUUAAUUUGUUAAAUUAUUCAUGAGUGUACAUAAGGUUAAUGAAAGUAUUUUAUAAAGAGAAACCAAAUAUAAAA